GCCGCGCCGGCUGAGGCGGGUCCCGGCGGGUCCCCGGCGGGUUUGGGAGGCUGCUGUGCGCCCUGGAACAGCUCCCGCCGCGCCUCGCCCGUGCUGCUGCUCCGAGGGAGCAUCUUUAGCGGUUUGCCUGUCCUGUGCUGUAACCAAGGGCAGUUGGUUUUCACAAGCGUUUAACCGAGGGGCUUUUCUCAGCAUGCAGUCCCUUUAGAUUUGGGCGUGAACACCAACCACAUCCUCUGCAUUGGACAUAUAGCUUCUAUUUCCAUAUCUUCUUCCUGCUUUUCUGAAGGAUAAAAUCUUAAAUUGUCCUGGGCUUGAGCAGUAAAGGAUAAAUUCAUUCUCUGGCUGACUUGUCAUCUCAUCGUUGUGAUGGAAAAAUGUUCGCUUAAAAUAAACCCUUUUUAUGCCACUAAAACUGCCUUCAAAUACAAGAUCUGUUGUGAUUUUUAAAACACAAACCCAAUAAUGUCAGAACCCGACCCUUCAUCUGGAUUUGUUGGAAACAUGGAGAAUGGGACUUUUCUGGAGCUGUAUCCCACAUCCCUUUCAACUUCAGUGGAUUCAUCGCCUGGCCGUUUAUCCAACGUCUAUGUCUAUGUUUCUAUAUUCCUUAGUCUCUUAGCUUUUCUCCUUUUGCUACUGAUCAUUGCACUUCAGAGGCUGAAAAACAUCAUUUCUUCCAGUUCCUCCUACCCUGAGUACAAUAGUGAUGCUGGAAGUUCGUUCACUAAUUUAGAGGUUUGCAGUAUUUCUUCCCAGCGCUCUGCUCUCUCAAACCUUUCUUCAUGAAAACAAAUGAAAGGAAACACACGAGGAAUGGAAGAGCUUUGUCUGGUCUCUUGGGGAGGUAGUGCAUGUAACAUUUGCCUUAGAAGACUAUUAUCAAGAGGUGUUUUUAAAAGUUUCCUUAUUUUUUUUCCCCUCUCCUUUUCUAGUUUUCAUUUCCUCUUUAACUAAUUUUAAUUUUGGACAAUGGAUAAUGAAUGAUACCUGAUAAUCACUUCUUGCCUGUAAUAGUGAUGCUGUCUCUUUCUCACGCAUAGACGGUGUUCAUUAAGAGUGUUCCUGCCAAAUAGUAAUACACUUCUAACUGGAUGUGUCAUUUUUCUGCUUUAAUUGUGACCCCUUCCCUGGUCUUGUGUCAGCAGUAUGCUGACUGUUUUUCUUUUCCUUUUUUAAUUAUAUAAGGACUUCUGGAUGAAAUCCCUAUUGCAAAAGUACAAAAAAACUGCUUAAUACUGGGACAAUUUAAAGUUGUUGAUAUUGUUUCCUUUUUUUCUUUUUAGUUUUCACAUAUUUUUCAGUGUUUAUUGAUGUUUAUAAAACACAACUAAUUCUUGAAGAAUGUUGCUUUUGUUUAUUUGUACUUCCAACUCGUUCUGUAUAAAGUCUGUAUUUCAGUUUUUGAGUCUCUUUGGUUAACUUAGUAAAGCGACUACAAUAACAAUGCUCACGGUUGAAUGUGUGGAGGUAUUUUUGGACCCCAUUGCAUCUUAUUAUCUUAUUUGCCUGAUAACAUGUUCCUCCAGGGGGCAGCUUUUGCUGCUGAAUCAUAAAUACCACACAACUCCUUUUCAUUCUUCACCAAUACUGCAGCUUAUUCUUACUGGAUACCAGGACAAAGUAGGGGUUUCUUGUAAAAGACCUGCAUUUAACAAAUACAAGUACCAAGUGAGGAGCUCCUAAACUGUCCUUUAAGGAUAUGAUGUUUGUACUCACGUGAGCAGGGCCAGCAGGGACAGAAAUUGCUUGUACUGAUGAGGGCUUUCUGGGCCAGCCUUUGUCCUGUGAUUUCAGAAAUGUGCAGUGGGUGGAAGGGGGCACACAUGGCUCUGCACAACGGCCAGGAAGACCUGAGCUCUGACCUGCAGGAAGUGCAAGGUGCACCUGCAGAGGGUAGGAAGGAAUGGGCAGGAUAAAUGGCAGUGGCUCUGCCACUUUUCCCCAUCAGAAUAAGGGAAGGCCAGCGAGAGGGGAAGAGAAAUGGAUUCACUACCUCAUUCCUCUUUGUCAUGUCAUUUUCUGGGUUAUCAUUUCCCCUGCUCAAAGUGUAACCUGUCACUCUAUUUCUGCAGUAAAAUAAUGAGCAGCUUUGUGAACUGGAUCCUGUGGUCUGCUGGGCUUUAAAUCAAGCCAAACAUUCAAAUUUAUGAUUUGAAGUGCCAAGUAUGACUAGAACUGCAACCCCAGACUGGUACAACGCCUUGUUGUCCUUACUGCACUGUGUGAGCACAGCUCUGUCCUGCCACCCAAUCCCAUGCAAAUUUUGUUCUCAUGGCUGGAUCCAAGUCACUGGAGAGACCUAAGAAAGGUAUGGCAUUGUCACUGACAUAACACAGGUGUAACUCUGGGAGAUGGGAUAAUCUCAGUGGGAGCAGCUGCCCUCCCCUCACAUGGCACCACUGCCCAGCAGGCCGAGGGGUUAGGGAACACUUCCCAAACACAUUUAUACCUCUUGCCAAGCUGUCCAUGCAUUUGUAAACAAGACAGACUCUACCAUUCACUACACAGGCUUUAAAGUACAAAUUUGGAAAAUCUGGUGUAAAUAUAAUCAUUAGAAAUGCAGCUGUUGUUGCCAAACAAUACAGAUGACGCUGGAGUUGGUGUUUUCAGAUUUUAAAAGUAGACAUGCAGUAUGGUAAGUGGUAUUGACUUAUGGUGGUGAUUAGUUCCUUACAGAGGCCAAAUAACUUGCUGACUAAUAAAGGAUGUAAACCUGCAGAUUCCCUGAGCCAAACUGGUUUGAUGGAUAUAUUUACAGAUUGGAAUAUUCUAUUCAUCUAGACAAAAGUUUCUUGUAUGUCACUUUUCACCGUAUUUGACAACUGGCCUUGAAAAAAGAGGUAGCUGUUUAAAAGGGAUCAGAAAACAUUACUACUCUUCUGAAAGCUCUUUGAAAUCCCAAAUCUGUUACAGAAUGUAUUUGUAUGUUCACUGGCAGAUAGAAAUAAACAAGCUGUAAAUCAA